UUUUGUUUUGGUUUUGUCAUUUUCGUACAUACUACGCAGUUGAGUAAUAAAAUAAAAAUUAGAGUUUUGUGAUAGUUUUCAUGUUCAACGUUCGAGAAUGGUCUGAAAUUUCAGUGAAGUCUAGCAAUAGCAAUGACAAAUCAAUUUUACUUACACGACUGCGAAAAGCAGGUGGAUAUUAUCAUCCCGAACGCCGAAACCGUGAUUGGACGCGACUCGAUUUUGCAGUGUAACGACAAACGCAUAUCACGGCAGCACGGAAUUAUAAAACUAAGUGAUGGGGAAGCACCGUGUGUUGAAAUCACUUCUACCCACUCGAACCCUAUUUUCAUUCGUACCGAGGAUAACGUACUGAACAUACUGACUAAAGAUCUAACAGCAACACUCCGGCAGGGAGAAAAAUUUGCACUUCUUCCGGAUCAGUUUUGGUUUGAAGUUCGUUUUCGAAGGAGCGUUAACCAGGACCAACAGCAGGAAACUGCGGUCAGCUCAUCGUCUACUAGUGUGGGAACGAUACGCAUUAGAACAAUGGAUGAGGUCAAUAAUACUGUUGAACCUUCCGUUGGAGAAGCAGUAUCUAUCGAGCGGCCUGUGGAAAGUGGCGAGAAACGUAAACAUGAUGAUGAUUCAAAUGUCGAAUCUGCUAAAAAGUCGAGACCAGAACAAUCUGCUCCGGAAAGUGCGCCAGAAUCUGGAGAAGCGGCUUCCGCUGGUCCAGUAAUAAAGCCAGAUCCAGAGGCUGGAGAAGCAGAAGCAAGUUCAUCGAAACCACCCGAUGCUGACACAAAUGUCAAGACCGAGGUGAAAAAAGAAAAUGCGGAUAGUACUGGACCACCGCCCAGACCUUCCUGUGAGUUCGGAAUACGCUGCUAUCGGUAUAAUGCUCAGCAUCGGGCACAAUUUGCUCAUCCCAGUGAUGCGGACUAUCGAAGACCUACAUUUCCUCCGGCACCGGACGAUGCACCAGAUUGCCCUUUCGGAACAAGUUGUUACAGACGAAAUCCACAGCACUUUCGCGAGUAUCAACAUCCAGAUUCAACCUCGGUUACUCCGGUAACGCCACAAGUACCUGUUCAGCAGCAGCCACAGUCAUUGCCCAACAAUAAUCGUAACCGACAGGCACGACGCCAUCAGCGAAUGAUGCGCGACGUGUUAAUGGCUGCUAUUGUCAAUCCGCUACUGUUUACAGGCAGUGAUGACGAAGAAGACGAUGAUGUUAGCUUGUUUGACUAUGACAGCGAUUCCGACGAGUAUCGGCCGGGACGAGAGUCGUCUGAUGAGGACGAUGAUGACGAUCGGGAAAUUGAUGCGUAUGAGGCAGAGGAAUAAAAAUUUCAGAGAAGCUUUUCUUAUUUUUCACGUUGAACACACGUUA